UCUUGAAUCAACACAGAUGGACAUUUUCUAUAAUAAACUCCAAUGGCUCCAUAUUGUUAGGUACUUGAAGUGUUACAGAUGUUAGAGAUGGGCUUGACUGUGGUUAACAUUUUAUAAUAUCAUGUUUCUGUUUGUACAGCAAAGUUUCUUAUAUAAACCUUUAUGUUCUUCUGUUCAAUUUGUGUUUAUGUUGCUGGUGGGAGAGACUGGACCUCUGAAGCUCCUGGUCACAAACCCUGGCACCAGAUCAGAACCCUGGAUCAGGAGCCGUUGCUCAUCCUUUCCGAGUCAGAACCAGGACUGAACUGUAAGGGACAGAGACUCCGCCACUACACAGAACACAACCAGUGGACAGGUGGACUGAACAACCUCAGUCCUGGUGGUCAUCAGAGAGACAGAGGCUCCAGUCAGGGAUACAGUCUGCAGCCCAGACCCUUCUCUUCACAGUCUCAGUGCAGGGAUGGAGCAGGGCCUGGGGCUGAUAGAGACAGACCCUCCUGUUCCUAUGAUACAAACACCACAAUAUCCAUGAUGAACAGAGCAGGUCACCCUGGGCUUCAGCAUUCACAGGGAUUGGUGGGAGACCCACCUGGUGGGGUUUGGGUUCAUAGAAAGCCUGGGUCUAGCCUUCCUCAGUUACCUCAUGGUUACCCCACCAAUACAGAGAGGAUCAGGAUGGGCGUUCACCACGAGAGGUACCUAGCCUAUAACACAGCACACAAUCCCAACAACACCCAAACAAUGGCUAAAGGUCAAGUAGGGAGCUCAAAGACUAACCACCUGAGGGCUGUGGCUCCUGCUUCUACCUCUUCUGGUGUCAUUGGGUCACAACGUGGGAGGCUGAGCAUUAGGACAGACGCAGACAAGCCGUAUGCCUGCCCCACGUGUGGGAAGCGCUUUACUAAGGUGAAAUAUGUGAAGCAGCACCAGACCGUUCACACCAAGGAGAAGCCCUUCAAGUGCAAACUAUGUUACAAGAGCUUCUCCCGCCUGAGUAACAUUAUCAGACAUAGGAGUGUCCACAACUGGGAGAAGUCAUAGCAGUGUGUCUUGAGAUGUACACAGAGAAUAUCUGGGGACCAUUCUUUAGCUGAAAUAUUAUAGUGAUCAUGUAAAGUAGGGCCAGGCGGUAUAUCAUAUUUUACUAUAUAGCGGUAGUUUGUUUUUACUUGUAUAACGGUCUUUCAGUGUUUGGUUUGAUAAACGUGUAAUGUCCGUU